AUGGAUGCCUUGAAGGCAGACAACGAUGCGCUGAAGCAGAGCAGCCACCCUCCGAAGGGGAAGGGCAACGACACCAACAAGCUCGAGCAACUCGAGCUCGAAAAUGAGGUGCUGAAUGAACAAAUCAACGAGCUGAAGGCUCAGCUCUACAUGAGCUCGGCCAUGGGCGACGACGAAUGGUUCAAAAACUCAGCGACCCGUCAUGAAGUCAUGCGCUGGGCCUGUGGCUUGCAAUUCACGAUAAUGUUGACUGCGCUGCUGGAAAUGUUGGUCCAGAUAGAUGAGCGAAAUGGGGUACUCCCUGACUCGGCACUGAAAUCGCAUGGCGUGGCUUGCCGGGGCCGAUUCUGGAUCCAAUGGCAUCUCCACGAUCUUCAGAAAGGUCUAAUGACCACGGUAUCCGUGGACGUCAAAGAGUAUUGCAACAGAGAGCAGCCACCGUCCGCAAGCCCCUUCGAGAUAGAGCAGACAGCCGGUAGCCUUGGCGAGGAGGAGGCUGGCAAGCCUGAGCACGCGAAGAUCCAGCGUGUUACCACCAACGAUGUGAAGCGGGAGCUAUCUUUCAAGAGGCGGCAGCGGCAGUCUGGCCCAAUGCCGACAGAAGAGACGCUGGCGGCCUCAAAGAUGCACAUGCUCAAGAAGAACCCCUUCGAAGAGCAAUUCGAUGCGGCUUCGAAGAAAGGCUGCAUUGAGUCCUGCGCUGAUGGGAUGAAAAUGAUGUUCUCUUUCUCAGCGGAUAGCAACGAGCCCUUCGUCAACCGCAUCGCUGGAGGUGUUGUCUUCAAGACACUUGCCAUGAUAGCCAUUGUUGCCAAUGCGGUUUACCUCGGCUGGGCUGCCGACCAAAACGUCCGGAACAGCUGGCGUCGACUGGAGGGCACGCCCAAACACUCUAUUUCGAGGGAUCCAGACAUCGCCUUCUUCUGCUGGUUUGCGGUGGAACUGCUGAUCCGCUUGGCGGCAGAGAGGUUGGACUUCGUUGCAGGGGACGAUGCGUGGUGGAAUCUUCUCGACUGCUUUCUGGUCGCGGAAUCCUUCGUGACGUUGGUUUGGGACGUGCCGUCCGGCUUCAGCUUCCUCCGCAUCCUCAGAGUGUUCCGACUCAUACGGAUCGUCCGGCUGGUCCGCACGGUGCAGGCCCUGAGAAAGCUGAGAACGAUGAUCUUCGCCAUGAUCAACUCCCUUGCAGACCUUCUCUGGGCUCUCCAAGUGGUCUUCCUAAUUGUGUUUGUUUUCAGCCUGGUGUUCAACAACGCAGUGGCAGCACAUUUCGAUGACAUUCAGAUCGAAAACCCUGCGCAUGCCAACAAGUUGGAAGAUGCGAUUGAAGUCAACAAAUAUUAUGGCACGCUGUUUCGUUCUAUGGUCUCGCUGUGGAGCGCAGUCAGCGGUGGCAACGACUGGUAUCAGUACGCAGAAGUUCUCCAUGGAAUCAACCUGGGGGACUUCUAUUUCCUCAUGUUCAACUUCUACAUUGCCUUCUGCGUUGUCGGACUCUUCAACGUGGUGACAGGCGUCUUCGUCGACAGCGCGGUCUGUACCCGAACCGAAGAUGAGAUCGUGCAGGGCUACUUGGACGAGAUGCGAUCGAUGACUGAGUCCAUCAAGGGCUUCCUCAAGAAGGCUGACAAGGAUGCCUCAGGCACGCUGACCUACGAGGAGUUCCAAGCGCACAUGGCAAAUCCUGUCGUGAAGGCGUACUUUUCGGGACUCGACAUCGAUCCGGAUGAAACAAAGAUCAUCUUCACCUUGCUGGACUCCGACUGCAAUGGUGACAUCGACAUAGAGGAGUUUGUGCACGGCACGAUGAAGUUGAAAGGUUAUGCUGCCUGGCUGGAAUGUGUGACGACUGCUUGCGGGUGA